AUGAGUCCCACACGUCCUCAAUGCGCAAGCCUGUCGCCUGGAGGCUCAAUGGUGACCCUCUUUACGAAAGACCCAGGGCGCCUGCGCAGACCCUUCUUCCGCAGGGUGCUGCGGCUUCUGUACUUCCCACAAAGGCCACCGGUUUUAACUUCCAAGAUAACGUCAUUUUAUGCCCCUAUCGUGGAUAUUCUUGAUGGCACAGAUAAUGUUUCUGGAACUCCUUCGAACUUCAUCCUACCUGUCCCAGGUGUCUUGCCCACCAGCUCACAGACAAAGAAGGAUAACCACCAGGAAAAGUGUGAUCCAGGAUUCUAUCUGUCUGGAGAGAGUGGAAGUUGUAUAUCCUGCAUAGAUGGAAAGGAGUACACCAGCCAUCAAAACCAGCUUCCUUCCUGCAGGCUCUGUGCUGUUUGUAAAUCAGAUGAAGAAGAAGUGGCCCCGUGUACGACAAUACAAAACAGAAAGUGUCAGUGUAAAAAAGGCACUUUCCGUGAAGAAAAUUCUCCAGAGUUCUGCAAGAAUUGUAGUUCUAGGAGUGACAGAAUAUGCGGCAACCAGACCAGUGGAAACACCUCAUCUCCUGGAAAGCCAGAGACCACCAGCACUGGGCCACCUGCAGCUCCCUCUGCUUCCUCGGGCAGUGCACAGUCCAGUGGUUCUAAGUGUGUGGUACCUGUUGUUCUAAGUGUGUGUGUUGCGUUGCUGCUGCUUCUGGGGCUGAUCAUCACACUGGCAUUGUGGUACAGGAAGCAUCUGUCAGAUUGUCCUGCAGUCUUCAAGUGGGUGAACAGAUUCCCUUUCAGGUUCAUCUAUCACUCAAGUGAGUCUGGGGCUGUGGACAACACCUACAAUGAGAGGCAGAACCUCAGAGAAUUACAAUCUGUCAAGGUCUCUGAGCAGGAACAGGAAGGCCAGGAGCUGGCAGAGCGGGCAGGGGACACCAGCUCCUCUGUUGGCCUCAGCAGGAGCUGACGGGUCGCAGACCAAGAGGCAAUGACUGGCUCCAGCUGCAGCCCUGAGACUCUGCUUUGAUCACUUUUCAAACAUCAUACCCAUCAUGUGCUGGGACCAGCUCCUGAGAAGGAUGGGCCUACUAGACAGUGACAUCCACGUGGCCAGAGCAAGGGCUAGAGAACCCUACAGUGCCUUGUAUGAAAUGCUGGUGACUUAGCUCAACAGAACAGGGCGAGAAGCCUCUGUCAGCACCCUGCUGGACGCCUUGGACAAUGAGGGGGAGAGACUGCACGGAAGAAAAUAGGAAACUACCUGGUGGGCUCUGGAACUUCAUCAAUGAAGUGCAGAAUAUAAAAAUAGUCUAUCUUUUUUAGUUACUUGGACAAUUUUACCAUAUGUGGGACUGAGUUUGGAGCCCAGUCCCGAUUAUAGUGAAGGAAUCUUCUAA